CAGGAGAAAGAGGGAGGGCGAGCCAGGGAGGAGGAAGCGAAGGCUCUCCUCUUUGCAGCCUUCCUGGAUCCAGGAGGGCUCCGGAGGGGUUAGGGGUUUGGGGGGGGGUUGUUUUUGUAACGCCGAUCGCGCGCCUCCUGCGGGCGCCCCAUCCGAGGGUCCGACAUGAACGUGGUGUUUGCCGUGAAGCAGUACAUCGCCAAGAUGAUCGAGGACAGCGGGGCCGGCAUGAAAGUCCUGCUGAUGGACAAAGAGACGACCGGCAUGGUCAGCAUGGUGUACACCCAGUCGGAGAUCCUGCAGAAGGAGGUCUACCUCUUCGAGCGCCUCGACUCGGCCAGCCGGGAGAGCAUGAAGCACCUCAAGGCCCUCUGCUUCCUGCGACCCACCAAGGAAAACGUAGAGUACCUCAUCCAGGAGCUGCGGAGGCCGAAGUACAGCACUUAUUUUAUUUAUUUCAGCAACGUGAUUAGCAAGAGCGACAUCAAGUCCCUGGCCGAGGCGGACGAACAAGAGGUGGUGGCCGAAGUUCAGGAAUUUUAUGGAGACUACAUUGCUGUGAACCCUCAUGUCUUCUCUCUGAACAUCCCAGUCUGCUAUCAGGAACGGCUUCUUCCCUUCCGUCCGCAGGGUCGUAACUGGGAUCCGGCCCAACUGUCCAGGGCCACCCAGGGGCUGACGGCUCUGCUCCUCUCCUUGAAGAAGUGCCCGAUGAUCCGUUACCAGCUCUCCUCUGAUUUGGCCAAGAGGCUCGCCGAGUGCGUCAAGCAAGUCAUCACAAAGGAGUACGAGCUUUUCGACUUCCGGCGCACGGACGUCCCUCCGCUGCUGCUGCUCCUGGACCGUUCGGACGAUGCCAUCACGCCGCUUCUGAACCAGUGGACGUACCAGGCCAUGGUGCACGAACUCCUGGGGAUUAACAACAACCGCAUCGACCUGUCGCGCGUCCCCGGCAUCAGCAAGGAUCUCCGGGAGGUGGUCCUGUCGGCCGAGAACGAUGAGUUUUAUGCUAACAACAUGUACCUGAACUUCGCCGAGAUCGGCGGCAACAUCAAGAACCUGAUGGAGGACUUUCAGCAGAGGAAACCCAAGGAGCACCAGAAGCUGGAGUCCAUCGCGGACAUGAAGGCCUUUGUGGAGAACUAUCCGCAGUUCAAGAAGAUGUCCGGCGCUGUUUCCAAGCACGUGACGGUCGUGGGCGAGCUUUCGCGGCUGGUGAGCGAGAGGAACCUGCUGGAGGUCUCGGAGGUGGAGCAGGAGUUGGCCUGCCAGAACGAUCACUCCAGUGCCCUGCAGAAUGUCCGGCGGCUUUUGCAGAACCCCAAAGUGACCGAGCUGGACGCGGUCCGGCUGGUGAUGCUCUAUGCCUUGCGGUACGAGAGGCACAGCAGCAACAGCCUCUCGGGCCUCAUGGCGGACCUCAAGAACCGAGGGGUGUCCGAGAGGCACCGCAAGCUGGUGUCUGCUGUUGUGGAGUAUGGAGGGAAGCGAGUGCGAGGGAGCGACCUUUUCAGCUCUACAGAUGCCGUGGCGAUCACCAAGCAGUUCCUCAAAGGACUGAAGGGGGUAGAAAAUGUGUACACCCAGCACCAGGCUCUCUUGCACGAGACCCUGGAUCAGCUCAUCAAGGGCAAGCUGAAGGAGAGCCAGUACCCCUACCUCGGCCCCAGCACCCUGCGCGACCGGCCUCAGGACAUCAUUGUCUUUGUGAUCGGAGGGGCCACCUACGAAGAGGCCCUGACGGUUUACAAUCUCAACCGCUCCACCCCUGGGGUCCGGAUCGUGCUCGGAGGGACCACAAUCCACAACACGAAAAGCUUCCUGGAGGAGGUUUCGUCCGCCGGCUUCCGGGGACGAACGGCGGAGAGCGCGCCAGGGACCGCGAGGGCGACCACCAGGCGAGCAAACUGAUCCACCUUCCUCCUGGUUACUUCCCGACUGACCCAUCUCCAUCCUGUCGCCCCCCCCCCUCAUCCCAUCGCUGGACUUGUUUGUCGCCCUUCAGACUUCAGGUGUGGUUUGGCUACGGUUUCCGUGGACCCUUUCUGGCAGAGCCAGCGGCGAAGCCUCAUGGGAACUGUGGUUGCGCAACAUCAAGAAGGCAACGUGAAUUGCACAGGCUUCCCAAUGGCUGGACCAAAAAAUAAAAUAAAAUAAAGGGUCCGCCCCACACUUUGGGGGUGAGCUCAUCACACUUCUAGUUUAAAUUUUGCAACCGCCUGCAAGAAGAACCAGCUGAAGAUGUACAGGAAGCCUUGAUCCCCCAAAACUCACUUUCACAAGCUCGGAUCAAGACUUCAGAAAAGGACGUUUCCCCGUUGAAAAUGCACCUCUCGCCUGCCUCUCUCUUCCACCGCUGCCUGCCUUUCCGUCCAGAUGUUCUGUGGCUCCCUUUCUUUGCCUCCUCCGCAGGGGAGAACUGCAAAUCUUCCUGUCUCUUUUUCUUACGAGCCCCGGCUGUCGAAAAGUAAAUGGUGUGAAUGCCAAUAAAAGGAUUUUAUGGUGGUGA